AUGUCGGCCACGGUUUAUUACCGUUUGAGCGCCGAUGCCAGCCUCGGUUACCGUCGAAAUGGGCGGUCGCAAAGCUCACCACCUGCAUUUUCGAGUAACGAGAUACCUUUUCCUAUCAGCGCCGGCUGUUAUUCCGCCAAACUCAAUUUAGACGCGAUUGCCCUGCGUGACGUGACCUUCGACUACAAUUCGCCCCUCAACCCUGCUAGACUGAACGCGCACUAUUUACAUGACGGAGCUGGUGGCCACACGAUGACUACUACACCGCAGCAGUUAUAUCAGCUGCAAGAAUUGGACCACCGGAUCGACGGCAUUGACGCCGAGCGCAACCGCGUUGAAAAACGGCUCGCGGCCGGCGUCAACCGGCCGGAUCUGACCAGUGAGGCGGAACACCACUCGGCCCGCGCCGUCGCUGUAAAUGCCAACGCCAACUCCCGGCGCGAGGAAGGAGAACGCAUUCGCGAACGCCUCAUCGGGUUGGAAUCGCGUCUGUACAGCGGAAAUACUUCCCGACGCGAUCUGUCCGCCAUCCAGCGGGAAGUCGAUUCGUCAAAAUACCAAUUGGAACAGCUUGAUGAGUUGCUGUUGGAACUCGAAGAGGAGCAGCGCACCCAUGAAGCCGCGUCCGUCGCUGCCCGCGACCAAAUGGAAUCUGCCGCCGUCGAAUGGCAGAGUAUCAUCGAAACCCUCAGCGGCCGGCUGACGGAGUUGGAGAGCGACCGCGAAGCAGCAACCUGCCAACGGCAGGAUAUGGCCGUUACGCUUCCCCAAGCCGACCUGCAACGCUACGAUCGGUUGCGGCGCAACAAGGCCGGAUCCGCCGUCGCCCUCGUGGACAAUGGCCGAGUCUGCCUCGCCUGCCGCAUGACCCUGACCAGCAACGUCCUCCGCCAGCUGCGGGACAGGUCAAAGCAGGUCCCGUGCAGCACCUGUGGCCGGAUCCUGCUUCAACAGUAG